CCCGUACAAAGCCGGAUUAUCUUCCACCACCAUAGAUUCAACAAAGAAGUACGGUACAGCUCUACAGGAAUUAAGCUUUCAUUGUUCAGGAGGAAUUUACAUAGACUCGGUGGUGUUGACUUUCUCGGCUUGUCCUAUUUGUGACGUUACAGUGCCUUCAACUGGGAUUGAAACGCAUGCAAACAAUCAUUUUGAGGAGGAAGAGAAACUUGCAAAGGACAUGAAGUUGUCUCAACAACUUGCGAGGGAGGACAUGGAGUUGGCUCAAAAAAUUGCCCUUGGACCAACUAGACCUCCUAAUAGACGAAUGACCCAUUCCACUCGAGUGAAAGGCACCGGAGCAUCAAAAACACUUGUUGCCAUGAACCUAUCAUCUUCCACUUCUAAGUCUGAUGUGAUCGAGUUCUUUAAAUGGCCCGGGGAUAUUGUUGAUGUGCGUUUCUCUUAUUAUCCUAGUGGAGAAUUCAGGGGUGUAUGCCAUAUUGAGUUUGCAACUGAAGAAGCUGCAAAGAAGGCAAUGAAGCUGAAUGACAAAUAUUUAUUGGGCAGUAAGGUAAAACUUGGAUUUUCUCGUGAAUCCAUUUUUGUUCGAGGUUUCGAUACUUCUUCUGGAAUCAACGAGAUCCGGAGCUCCCUAAAAGAGCAUUUCUUAUCUUGCGGAGAGAUCUUAUGGAUGCACAUUCCAAAAUUUCAUGACACUGGUGUUGCUCGCGCGAUUGCUUUCAUUGAAUUUUACCACCUCAAUGCUUUCCCAAAAGCACUUGCGAUGAAUGGGCAUAAACUUGGUGAUUAUCCCUUGACAAUUGAAGAUGCGACACCAUCAAACCUUAAUGUUACAGGAACGGGUGGUAGAGCUGUAUCAGGAGGACGUUUUGGUCCUUAUGGUAGCCCAACUUAUAUUCAUACGUUCUUACUGCGAUCUGAUAGAGGUUAUGGUGGUGCUGGCUUAGGAAGUAUUGGAAGCCCCUAUCAUCAUCCUUCAGGAAAGAAAAUCAAAUUUGAUUAUGAUGAACCUGAAGGGGAGGAAACUGCUCAGAGUGCAUGCACUCAAUCCACUGUCUAAAAAUCAUUAUUAUCCUAGAAAUAGGGCCUAAUUUAUGGUUAACCUAUUUGUAGUAGGGUAUCUUCAGGAAGCUGUAUGAUUUAUUUUGGUAGUUUGGGUUUAUUUAUGAAAUAGUCAAAGCAUAUAAAUUAUACUUUUAUUUAUUUAUUUUUUGAUAAGAAAACUUUUAUUUAUUGAUAAAAGGA